AUGGAUCUGAAACCGCUUGAAGCGCUCUUCGCCAAAUUGGAUGGAGACCCAGCCUCGCCUAUGCCUGUUACUCGCCUUGCUAUGUUACUUUGGACAAAGGAAGGGCCAUCCUGGAGUGGACCGACGCUGCAUUUCAACAAUUCUGGUAAAACUACAUCAUAUCCUUGUAGUGAUAAAUCCGCUGUUGCAUUAGUCAAAGCAAAUGCGAACGCCAAUUCGGCCGUUGUUGCCAAUAACGAACUAAAACAAUUAACAACUAACUUGCAACAACAACAGCAAAAGCAACAGCAGCUGCAGCAACAAACGCCACAAAUGCAAGUGAAACAGGAGUCACAAAGCAACAACAACAACAACACUGUUUUGACGCACACAGCGCGUUUGUCGCCAACAACAAAUGAUGGCAGCAUCUCACCGACAGACACGAAAUCACCACUUAUGGCCUUGUUGCCAUCAUCGCCACUAACGCAAAUGGAAAAUGUUGCUACAAUGCAAGAACAACAACAGCUACAACAAACAUACAAUCAGAAAAUGUCACCAAUGCCGCAUGCAAACUCACCGACAAUGUUCUCAUAUACAUCACCGACACAUAACGGGCAUUUGAAUAACAAUAACCGUUCAUAUAACAACAACAAUAAUAAUAAUAAUAACAAUAAUAACAACAAUACGUUAAAUCUUAUGCAGAAACAACUGCAGACUCACCAAACGCAACAAUUACAGAAUAUGCAACAACAGCAUGCAGCACAAUCGCCGCGGCACCAGCAACAGCAACAACAAUUGAUGACACAGCAACUUAUGCAGCUGAUGCCGCCACAUUCGUCCCCCUCCACAUCGGUAUCGAUGCCACCAACGCCGACUACACCAACCACACCGACGACGCCAACCACGCAUCACCAACAGCAGCCAUUGCAUCAGCAAUUGUCACCACUGCAGGAGCAGCAGCAGCAGCAGCUCCAACAACAGCAACAACAACAACUAUUUCAACAUUUGGUGCACCAGCAUCAGCUGCAACAUGACCAACAACAGGCACACUUGGACAACAUGUCGCUGCACUAUCACCAACAAUACCUGCAGCAACAACAACAACAACAACAGCAUCAGCAACACUCAAUAGCGCCACAAAGUCCCGCAGGUUCCGUAUCGCCGGCGCAUUCGAAUUUCGGUGAAUUGUUGCCGCUGCACGAUUCACCCAUCAAAAUGGAGCAACAGCAUCGUCCAAAUCAUCAACAACACCAACACCACACACACAACUCGCAUUUGAUUACACAAGAUGUGGCGCUCAGUCGCAGUCCCUCACUGGAGGAUGACGAACUGAUGCUGGAGUUGCAGCAUCAUCACCAGCAACACGCACAAUCGAUUGCGCUGAAUUUGCAGCACCAACAAAAUCUCUUCGAAUUGCAUGAGUACGAGCGUAAAUACGAACGUGGCACUGUGGUGAAGUCGGAGUGAGGGAGCUGCAAAUGGAGAGCGUUCGAUAAUUGGUGGCGUUAGCAGCAAAGAGAAACCAAAGAGUGGAUUUUUAUCAUUUAUAUAUGAUAUACAUGCGUGUGUGUGUGUAGGUGGGUGGGUGUGUAUGUGUGCAAUAAGCAUGACCAGCAAUUGUAUGUAUGUGUGUACUUAUAUUUUAGGGCAAAUUUUAUUAGAUUUUUAGCGAAAAUUUGUGAAAAGCAAUUCUCCAAAGAGCGCAGUGGUCGUGCAAAUAAAUAUAAAACGGUACAAUAAUCAUUAUUUUAAUUUAAAAUUAAU